AUGAUCUUACUCGUCACAACUCCAGUGCCCACAAACUGGACCUGGGCCAUCAGCGUCCCUAUCAGUGUGACCACUGCACUCGACAAUUCUCCACUUCAGCCUAUCUCACUCAGCACAGACGAAUUCACAUCGGCCUUCGGCCGUAUGGUUGUCGCUUUUGUGAACGCCGUUUCACACAACUCAGUCAUGUCCAACAACACGAGCGCAUCCAUACCGGAGAAAAGCCAUACAGGUCAGGAAUUAUGUCUGUCUAGUGCACCUAUUUAUGAUCUGACGGUUGAAUUUUCUCACAACCAUACGAAUAGUCCCUACCCUUUCAUUGUAUUGCAUGUAGUCAUACCUUCCAAAAACGUAUUCUUAUCCCGGAUGGGCUAG